UAUGAGUAGCAAUAGUCAACAUAAAGUUUUGGCAUCUAGCAGUAUUUCAAUUUCCAAAAAUGAAAAUUUAAUAGAAUCGACUACUACCGGAAAUGAAUUGAUGAAUGUGCCGGAAUGGGCUUGGUGGACGUUCUUUGCCUCUUUAAUUUUGGUGCUCUUUUUCCUCCUUCUCGACUGGCUAAUUAUUCGACGUAAUGCUUUCGGUAUUGGAUCAUCCUCUUCUUCCUCCUCUUCCCCAUUUUGUCUCCUCUCUUUUAGAAAACAACACAAAAGGAGUGGGGGAUUAAACAGCUAUGCUGGGGGUGCUAAUGAUUGGCAAGGAGGUGCACAAGGGGGAAAUUUGCCCAGUGGUCAAGCAGGUGGACUGUUUGGGCAUCACAAACGUAGCACAAAUAUGGUGCUGUCUGUUUAA